CAACAAUUUCUCACCAUGGCGGACAGGCGCAGCGAUCGCAGGCGCCAUAAAAUGAUUCCUCGUUCGACAAAAGCAGAACGCGUAUACUGGUUGUCUCUGCCGGCGGAGGUUCGGCUUAUGAUUUUAGACAUUUUCACACGUCAAAAGAGUCCUGGAUGGGCUUCCUGUGCAGCCGUUUGCAAGGAAUGGCAGUUCUUUAUAGAGAAAAGAAACUUUCAUCGGCUGAAGCUACAAGGGUCCUGCCUUGAUGAAUUCAACCGCAUGGUCAUUCGCCAGAGAGAUCUAGUUCACCAUAUCCAGCUUGAUAUCAAGCUGCCAGAGUACUCAUACCAAAGCUGUGAGAAGGCGGAGACGCAUUUAUGGGAAUCUCGCAAAUGCUCCAUCAUCAGAGAUGCAAUCCGGACGCUGUUCUCGAUUCUAGGCACUUGGGAUCCAGCGAGUGACCUGACGUUGGAGCUUAAAGCACAUUCUCCUAGCGACUCUAAACACUGGUUCAAAAACCAUGGUUUCGCCCCUAAUGACGAUGGCGCCGGAGCCGCAAGUUCAAGGCAAGAUGGCUAUGACACCCUCUUCUUAGCCCAACUACUCCUCUCUAAAGCCCACAACCCUCCCAAGAGCCUAUCCGUGUUUGAAGAUUUCAACGCCGAAUUCGCCGCUGCAUUCAUCUACCGCCUCCGUAGAGACUGUGCGAGUAUUACAUGGCGCGGGACAUGGAGUUUGGAGAUUAGCCCUGAGGUGAUAGAGGCAUGGCGGUCUGUGGCAUCGGAACUGCACUCGGUGCAACUGCGGGUAGAGAAACAGCAGGUCCACGAGGAGAUCGGGUCGCAUGGGGAUGCUAUACAUUACCUAGACCUACCAUGUCGAGUAGUUGAGUCGGCGUCUCUGUGGCAGAUACGGAGGGAGAAUGCGGAGGGCAUGGUAUGA